AUGAUAACAAAAUUCCACCAGCACGCCCUUGCCCUGGCCUUUGCUGUGAAGGAGAUCAAUGAGGACCCCCAGAUCUUGCCUAAUGUGACUCUGGGUUUCCAUAUUUAUGAUAGCUACUAUGAUGCAAGGAUGACCUAUCGGACCACCCUAGACCUGCUCUUCAAAUCACCUAGCCUUCAUCCCAACUACAGAUGUGCCAGACAGAGGAACCUGAUAGCCAUCAUUGGAGGACUUGGUUCUGAUACCUCCUUCCACAUGGCAGACAUCUUGGGUCUCUACAAGACUCCACAGCUCACAUAUGGAUCGUUGGUCCCUCAGAAGACUCAUUACAGCCCAGCCCCUUUGUUUCAUUCCAUGGUCCCCAAUGAAGCCUACCAAUACUCUGGGAUCAUCCAGUUGCUUGAACAUUUUGGGUGGACUUGGAUAGGGCUUGUGGCUUUAGAUAAUGAUGAUGGAGAGAACUUCCUGCAGAUCUUGGAACCGUUGCUUGCCCAGAACGGAAUCUGCACAGCUUACACAGAACAAAUCCCUUAUGCAUUUCAUUUGGAUGACUUGGAAAAGAUUAUUGAUACAGCAUCAAAUAUCCAUAUGCCUUUAACUGAUCAUAAAGCCAAUACAUUUAUCAUUUAUGGAGAAUCUUUGACCAUUGCACUGCUGAGAGGCAUUUUAUUUGUGCAAGACCCUACAAAUAAAGAAUUAGACUCAUUCAGAAAGGUGUGGGUAAUGACAAGUGGGAUUGAUUUCAUACUCCCAGGACUUCAGAGAGGUUGGGAUCUUGAUUUAUUCCAGGGAGCCAUUGCCUUUAUGGUCCACUCAAGAGAACUUCAGGGAUUCAAAGCAUUUCUUCAGAUGGUAGAACCUUCCUGGGCUCAAGAAGAUGGUUUCCUUAAGGAGUUUUGGGAGCAAGCAUUUGACUGUGUUUUCCCAACUCCAGACAUAUCAAUAAAGCAGGACGAAAAACUGUGUACUGGGGAAGAAAGUUUGGAAGAUCUGCCUGGGCCCAUAUUUGAAAUGCGUACCAUUGGACACAGCUACAGUGUCUAUAAUGGUGUUUAUGCAGCAAUACAUGCUUUGCAGGCCAUGUUCUCAUCUCAGUCCUUCCGGAAAUCCAUCUUGAGGGGCGAAUCUGCUGAACUUGUCAAACGUCAACCUUGGCUGCUCCACCCAUAUCUUCAAAGGGUUUCCUUCAACAAUUCGGCUGGUGACACAGUGUCCUUCAAUGAGCAAAAGGAAAGGAGAGGUGGAUUUGACAUUGUGAACAUGGUCAGUUUUCCAAACAGGUCCUUUGAGAGAGUGAAAAUUGGAUGGAUAGACCCAGAUGCGCCCCAUGGAGAAGAAUUCAGAAUUCGUGAGAAUCUGAUUAUGUGGCACAGAGUCUUCAAUCAGGUCUCUCCCCAGUCAGCAUGCAAUGACUGGUGCCAUCCUGGAAGUCAAAAGGAAAAGAAGGAAGGAGAGAAUUUUUGCUGCUAUGACUGUGUCCCCUGCCCGGAUGGGGAGAUUUCAAACAAGACAGAUAUGGAAAAUUGCUUCAAAUGUCCAGAAGAUCAAUAUUCUACCAAAGAAAAAGAUGACUGCAUUCACAAAAUUGUAAUGUAUCUUUCUUAUGAGGAACCACUAGGGUUGACUUUAGCCUCCAUUUCUGUUUCAUUGUCUUUGAUCACUGCUCUCGUAUUAGGAGUAUUUCUUAAGCACAGAGAUACCCCUCUGGUCAAAGCCAACAACCGGGACCUCACCUACACUCUCCUUUUCUCCCUCCUCUUCUGCUUCCUGUGUCCUCUCCUGUUCCUUGGCCAACCAAACAAAGUGACCUGCCUUCUCCGACAACCAAUGUUUGUCAUCAUCUUCUCCAUGGCUGUUUCUUGCAUCUUGGCCAAAACCCUCACUGUGGUGGUAGCUUUCAUGGCUACCAGGCCAGGCUCCAACGUGAAGAAGUGGGUGGGGAAAAGGAUGGCAACCUCUAUGGUUCUUUUCUGCUCUCUCAUUCAAGAAGGUCUUUGUACCAUCUGGCUAGCAUCUUUCCCCCCAUUCCCACAGUUGGACAUGCAUUCCAUGACCAAAACCAUCAUCAAGGAAUGCAAUGAAGGCUCUCUAGUCAUGUUCUCCUGUGUCCUGGGCUACAUGGGCCUGCUGGCCCUUGCCAGUUUCUUUGUGGCCUUCUGUGCUCGCAGAUUACCAGACAGCUUCAAUGAAGCCAAAUUCAUUACCUUUAGCAUGCUGGUGUUCUGCAGUGUCUGGGUGCUGUUUGUUCCAACUUACCUGAGCUCAAGAGGAAAAGCCUUGGUGGCUGUGGAGAUCUUCUCCAUCUUAGCUUCCAGUACUGGAUUACUGGGAUGUAUCUUUUUCCCUAAAUGCUACAUCAUUAUGUUGAGACCUGAGCUGAAUAUCAAGGAGCACCUAAUAAGAAGAAAGAAUUAA